AAUUCACCUGGGGCUCCCAAAGCAUUUAUUAGGGGGCUUCCUCCUCACUCUCCACAGAGCCACACUCUGCUUUGCUUUAGAGAACAUCACUAGCACAAAAGGCAGCAACUGCAAUAGUCCACAGUUCUUCACUGUUCACUUCAACAAGAUGAUGAAGCCACUACAGAUAUUAUUCUGUUCAAUUUUAUGUCUGUCUUCUGCUCUGACUAUUGCUGUAGAUGUUCAAGAGAUGGAUAAUCAUAUACUAGUGACCGAAAAAGUGACUUUACCAGAUUGCAAACUAAAAGAACAUACAAAAUGGGAUAAAAUGAUGACGACGCUGGAGAACUCUCACAUGAGACAGAAUAUGCUGCUUCAGUAUUUUGAAGAAUUUAAGGUGGAACUACAGAUUGUGCAAAGAGAGCUUUGGCAGCUAAGAGCAAAAACAUCAGGAUCCUGUAAAGACUGCUUUAAGAGCAUUACAGCGGAUUUUUCAAGCCUGCUGGAUUCAAAGUGUCAGCCACAACACACUUUGAAUAAAAAUGUGGAAGAAUCAAUUGCUGUAAAUCAGGACAUAGAAGACAGACUUCAACGCAUUGAAAAUCUCUUGAAAUGAGAAGAUGCAGAUCAGAAUAAAGUAGAACCUGCAGACGAAGCAGAAAGCGAUUCUGUUUUGGCACGAUUACCUGCAGGUAAAUCAACUGUACUAGGUAGUAGUCAUUGUUUGAAACAACAAUAACUUUAUUCCUAACAUGUACAUACAGAUUUUUUUUCUCUGCACAGAAUAUUGAUCCUUAUUUUGGUCACCAUGUAAGAUGCUGUAAAUUUCUUCAAAUAGCAUUUACAGGAUAUAACAAGGAGGAAUACCAGUUACAGCGUUUGUCAUGAACAGUCUCAGAUCCAAAGACAACGCUGACAAAUAGAAAAUGAUAUAUGAGCAUCUCCAGAUGUGCUGAAUGUUUUAUACUGUGAGCUUUUGUAACCCUUGUGUCUUUUGAUUAUAAGUCAGACAGUUAGCAUUAGAUUGUGUAUAAAGUAAUAACUGAUAUAGCUUCAUAACAAAAAUGUGCGCCAAAGAAGGGGGAGGGGCUCAGCUCAGAGAAUUGAGCCAGCAGCGUUACUUCCACAAGCAGUUUAAAAGUGCUGAGUAAUCCUUCUUCCAGAUUAGUUCACUGGCAUCCAAAUACUAUUGCUGUUAAUCUGAACUGUAAAAGAAAACUUCUGCUAGGAGUUGGAUUUUCCAUUUACUGAAAAUGUGAAAUGGCUGUGCAAAAUAUCUGCAUUUAGCCCUGGUUCACAUUGAUGCUACUUUAAAAUUGCGCUACUUCACUUGAAGUAGCGCAAUUUCAAAGUAGCA